AAACGUCAAGAGAUUAAUUAAAACGCAAGUAAACAUCGAUAGGUAAUAUUUCUAAUGUGUUUUGUUUCUAUUUACGCGCACACGAGGCAGUUUCCUUUAAAAAUAUAUACAGUGCGCUUUUAUUUUGAAAUCUGCAUUUGUAGUUUUCCGGUAGCAUUUUAGCUAACCGUGUUGGGGUUGACGCUGCCGAGUCUGACAACAAAACACCUGAAUCCAGACGGUAACCGGUGCAGCUGCAGCCUGGCGGCCAUGGCGCGUUAACGGACCGGGACACGGGACGCGGGUUCAUGCUCGGUAGGUGACCGGAGGCAGUCAACUUUUUCCGCCGUUGGAGCCGCCGCGCAGCCGCUACAAUGAGCUCCGAGCACCAGAGCGACAGCGAGGACGCCGACGAGUCGCAGGACAGGCCCGACAGCGGCAGCGUGUCGGACGUGGAGGAUGACAUCGCUCCGGUGGCUUCUCCUCCUCCACCGACGACGGCGGAGAGCGGCAGCGAGGAGCGGCCGGAGCGGAGCUCCACGUCUCCGGCGUCGGACGAGCGAGAGCCGUGCUGCCACCCGCCGGCCGCCGUGCCGCAGGCGGGGAGCGGCGGGGACUCCAGCACCGACAGCCGCCGGGGGACCAGCCUGUUUUCGUGGCUGCAGAGCAGGACAAUAAGACGAGGGGUGUUCGUGGACCCGGCUCGGGACAACUUCAGGACAAUGACCAGUUUGUACUGCUCCAUGAACCCGGCUGUGGAGUCUGUGAACCUGAGCACGCAGACCCACGGAGCCGUGUUCAACCUGGAGUACUCCCCGGACGGGUCUGUACUGACUGUGGCCUGCGAGCAGACUGAGGUCCUGUUGUUCGAUCCCAUCUCGUCCAGACACAUCAAAACGCUCACAGAAGCCCACGAGGACUGCGUCAACAACAUAAGGUUUUUGGACAAUCGUUUGUUUGCCACCUGCUCUGACGACACCACCAUCGCGUUAUGGGAUCUCCGUAAGCUGAACUCGAAGGUCUGCUCGCUGCACGGCCACGCCAGCUGGGUGAAGAACAUCGAGUACGACACCAACACUCGUCUCCUCGUCACGUCCGGCUUCGACGGCAACGUCAUCACAUGGGACACUAACAGGUUCACCGAGGACGGCUGCCCGCACAAAAAGUUCUUCCACACCCGAUACUUGAUGCGGAUGCGUCUGACGCCCGACUGUUCCAAGAUGCUCAUCUCCACUUCCUCAGGGUACCUGCUCAUCCUCCACGACCUGGACCUCACCCAGUCCCUUGAGGUGGGCAGCUACCGCAUGCUGCGAGCGCGACGGACGCCGCUCAGCUCAGAUGGAGGCACGUCGGCGUCCAGGUCAGCUGGAACUCCUCGCCAGGGUAACGACUCCAGCAAGAUCCACCCUCACAGAGAAGGUCUUUCUCCCAGAAACAGCCUGGAGGUUUUGACUCCGGAGAUCCCCGGAGAGAGAGACCGAGGGAACUGCAUCACCUCCCUGCAGCUCCACCCUAAAGGCUGGGCCACGCUCAUCCGAUGCUCCAGUAACAUGGACGACCAGGAGUGGACCUGCGUCUAUGAGUUCCAGGAGGGAGCACCCACUCGCCCGCUGGUCUCCCCCCGCUGCUCCCUCCGCCUCACCCACUACAUCGAGGAGGCCAACGUCGGCCGGGGCUACAUCAAAGAGCUGUGCUUCAGCCCGGACGGACGCCUCAUCUGCUCCCCGUACGGCUACGGCGUCCGCCUGCUGGCGUUCGACGAGAGCUGCGGCGAGCUGGCCGACUGCCUCCCCGUCCAGACGAGCUGCCUCAGGGAGAUCCGCUCCAUCUACUCGCACAGCGACGUGGUGCUCACCACCAAGUUCUCUCCGACGCACUGCCAGCUGGCCUCGGGCUGCCUCAGCGGACGCGUCGCCCUUUACCAGCCCAAGUUUUAGCAGCCGGAGCUGUUGGAGAACAACGCGCUGCAGACCUGGGUGGAGAGGUGCUCGUGCACAGAUGUAGAAAUGUUACCACAUAUAUUCUGUGACCUUAAGAUCUAAUCUCUAAUCCUAGUUGUGCAAAGAAAUAAUGAAAACUUGAGGAGCCUUGAACAUCUCCGACGUGGUCCGGAUGGGUGUGAUUUUUCUGUGUGGAGUCUGACGCACGGUAUAAAAGGAAUAUUGUGAUUUUUCUGGACCUUCUGCCAGGCGACCUGUAUGGAAAACUCCACCCACCUGGCACCUAAAGGGUGACAAAACAAACUUAAAUAUAUUUGACUUGUACUUCUGGACCCAGGUCUGCAGCAGCUGUGAAGCAGAGUUUGUCUGGGCGGGAAUCAUCAGAUGACGGCCGCCGACCUGGAAAAAAAAAGGAAAAAGAAAGAAGUAAAAGAGACUUCAGCUGUCGUGGGUAAAAACUUUCAGCCUCUCUGACUCUGAACUUCAAGUUUGAGGCAACAAAACAAACUCCCGUCCAGACCGAGGAGACGGUUUGACGUCCGAGCCUCGAAGGUUUGGAUGAUUCAACCGAGAGAUGCGACAUGGCAUCGGUCAGAAACAAAAAAAAACUCUUUCAUACUAAAGAUUAGCGGUAGAAACUUAUUUUGGAGACUCAGCACAUCCAGAUGUCGCUGUCUUGGGACAAAAACACUAAGGAUGCAAACAGACAGACAGAUUAAUCCAUUAAGUCCUCAGCUGCUGCUCACGCUCACGUUUCCACUGGUGCUGCUUCUCUGCUCAUACAAUCUGAUCUUUGACCCUCACUCUUGUGUUUUCCAUCGCCGCCCCCCCUCUUUUCCCGCCUUCAUGGUUUUUAGUGGUUUUAUUGGUGUGUUAACGUCGGCACUACUCGUUCACGGUGGUUGAUUCAUUUAAAUCUCUGCUCACAGAUUCACUUUCCCGUCACGGUUUGUGUGUUUUCAUCUGAAGCCUGCGAAUGGAAAGAAGAAGAAGAAGCAGAAGAAGUCGCUCAGCUGCUCUGAUUUCUGUACAAACCACUACUGCAAGAUUGUUGUGAAGGAAAUAAUAUUUACAGUUUCAGAUUUCUUCCCGUAAAGAUAAGGCUGGCAUUAUUCUGUAUUUUCAUCUGUCUGACUUCGAUCUAUAAAAACAACUUUAAAAAAAAAAAA